CCAUCGCCCUCUCCCUCUGCGCAUUGCCGCCGCCAUAUCCAGCAUGCAGGCCCAGGAAGACGCCCCGUGCUCCCGCCGCCUCGCCAGCCCCCGCGGCGGGAGGCGGCCCAAGAGGAUCUCCAAGCCCUCGGUGUCGGCCUUCUUCACGGGCCCCGAGGAGCUGAAGGACACGGCGCACUCUGCCGCCCUGCUGGCUCAGCUCAAGGCCUUCUACGAUGCACAGCUGCUGUGCGACGUGACCAUCGAGGUGGUGACGCCCGGCAGCGGGCCCGGCACCGGCCGCCUCUUCUCCUGCAACCGCAACGUGCUGGCCGCCGCCUGCCCCUACUUCAAGAGCAUGUUCACGGGCGGCAUGUACGAGAGCCAGCAGGCCAGCGUGACCAUCCACGACGUGGACGCCGAGUCGUUCGAGGUGCUGGUGGACUACUGCUACACGGGCCGCGUGUCCCUCAGCGAGGCCAACGUGCAGCGGCUGUACGCCGCCUCCGACAUGCUGCAGCUGGAGUACGUGCGCGAGGCCUGCGCCUCCUUCCUGGCCCGCCGCCUCGACCUGGCCAACUGCACCCCCAUCCUCAAGUUCGCCGACGCCUUCGACCAUCACAAGCUGCGGGCCCAGGCCCAGUCCUUCAUCGCGCACAACUUCAAGCAGCUGAGCCGCAUGGGUGCCGUCCGCGAGGAGACGCUGGCCGAUCUCACCCUGGCCCAGCUGCUGGCCGUCCUGCGCCUGGAUAGCCUGGACAUCGAGAGCGAGCGGACCGUUUGUCACGUGGCCGUGCAGUGGCUGGAGGCUGCCCCCAAGGAGCGAGGUCCCAGCGCUGCCGAGGUCUUGAAGUGUGUGCGCUGGGCACACUUCACCGAAGAGGACCGGGACUACCUGGAAGGGCUGCUGACCAAACCUAUUGUGAAGAAGUACUGCCUGGACCUUAUUGAAGGGGCCCUCCAGAUGCAUUGUGGUGACAAGUUGCACAAGCCUGUAAUGCCAUUAGCAGACACCAGCAGCAGCUCUGCUGUAUCUGUGGCAGAAAAGCCACCUCGGAGGCUGGGAAUGUGUGCCAAGGAGAUGGUGAUCUUCUUUGGACAUCCCAAAGAUCCCUUUCUCUGUUGUGAUCCAUACACAGGCAUCAUCUACAAAGUGCCAUCACCUUUGACUCCCCUUGCUCACACUAGGACUGUCACCACCUUAGCUGUUUGUGUCUCUCCAGAUCAUGACAUCUAUCUAGCUGCCCAGCCCAGGAAAGAUCUCUGGGUGUAUAAACCAGCCCAAAAUAGUUGGCAGCAACUGGCAGACCGCCUGCUGUGUCGUGAGGGCAUGGAUGUGGCCUAUCUGAAUGGCUACAUUUACAUUUUGGGUGGACGAGACCCUGUUACUGGAGUCAAAUUGAAGGAAGUGGAAUGCUACAGUGUUCAGAGAAAUCAGUGGGCACUGGUGGCUCCACUACCUCACUCUCUUAUAUCCUUCGACCUAAUGGUAAUUCAGAACUAUCUUUAUGCUGUCAACAGUAAGCGCAUGUUCAGCUAUGAUCCUGGCCACAAUCUGUGGCUGAAGUGUGUGUCUCUUAAGCGCAGUGACUUUCAGGAAGCCUGUGUCUUCAAUGAUGAGAUCUAUUGUAUCUGUGACAUCCCAGUCAUGAAGGUCUACAAUCCAAUUAGGGCAGAAUGGAGGCAGAUUAAUAGUAUUCCCAUUGUGUCAGAAACCAACAACUACCGUAUUAUCAAACAUGAGCAAAAAUUAUUACUUAUCACCUCACGUACUCCCCAGUGGAAAAAGAACAAGGUGACUGUUUAUGAAUUUGAUACUAGAAGAGAUCAAUGGAUUAAUAUAAGUACUUCAUUAGGACUCUUGCAGUUUGACUCCAACUUUUUUUGCCUGUCAGCUCGAGUUUAUCCUCCUCGCCUUGAACCUGGUCUAAAUUUUCUUACUGAAGAAGAUGACAUACCAAGUGAAUCUAGUACUGAAUGGGACCUUGGUGGGUUCAGUGAGCUGGACUCCGACUCAGGAAGCUCGAGUUCUGAUGAAGAUUUUUGGGUGCAGGUAGCAACUUAG